AGUGAUAUUCUGCAUCAUUUUAUGUGUGCUUUAUAAAACUGACCAAGUUUUCGUUUGAUGUUAGUUGUAAAAUAUGAUUCCCUUUAGACCCAGAUUUUUCAGUGUGUAUCCUUUUGUUCUCUGGAUAACAGGUCUAACUGAUGGAAGUGAUGUCACUCAGACUCCUCUGCUGUGGACCAAGGAGGGUCAGUCUGCCACCAUGAGCUGCAAUCACACUAAAGAUGCUACGUACUACCAGAUGUACUGGUACCAACAGCUGCCUGGACAGAACAUGAAGCUAAUAGUAUUUACAACAACAACUCCUCCACAUAAGUAUGAAGAAGGCUUCAGUGAGGAGAAAUUUCCCGCACAGAAGAAGGUUGCACAGACCGGAUCUCUGACAGUGAACAACUCGAAGCCUGAAGACAGUGGAUUGUAUUUCUGUGCUGUGAGUCUAGCUGAUGGAAGUGAUGUCAAUCAGACUCCUCUGCUGUGGACGAAGGAGGGUCAGUCUACCACCAUGAGCUGCAGUCACACUAAAGAUGCUUCUUACUACCAGAUGUACUGGUACCAACAGCUGUCUGGACAGAACAUGAAACUAAUAGUAUUUACAACAACAACUCCUCCACAUAAGUAUGAACAAGGCUUCAGUGAGGAGAAAUUUCCCGCAGAGAAGAAGGAUGCUCAGACUGGAUCUCUGACAGUGAACAACUCGAAGCCUGAAGACAGUGGAUUGUAUUUCUGUGCUGUAAGUCAACACAGUGAUGCAGCUGAUUGA